AUGGUGGGUGUUUGCUUUUGGGUUAACAUAAUACUUGUAAUAAAUUUAUGCCUGGCUAAACCGAAAGAUUGCCCUAUUAUAUGUACUUGUCUGGGGCAAUAUGUCGAUUGUGGUUCAAAAAAGUUCGAAACAAUCCCUCUGAACAUUCCCAAGUGGGCAACGCACUUAGACCUACAAAAUAACAAUAUAAAGAAUAUUACUAAUGUUAACUGGAAGCAUCUUUCGGGAUUGAAGGAAUUAAUAUUAAACAAAAACAGUAUUGUUUCUAUUCCUAAUGAUGUACUUCAAUAUCAAUCCCAACUUAGGAUAUUGGAAUUAAAUAGGAAUAAAAUUAAAGCAAUAGAAGCUUUGAAUUUUAAUUCCUUAAAAAACUUGAGUACACUGAAACUUAAACGAAAUCACAUAACCGAACUAAAAGAUGGAGCCUUUUAUGGUCUUGAGAAAAUCGAAAAACUAUUACUGGAUUAUAACUAUUUGAAAAUAGUAUCGAAAAGUUGGCAAUAUGGGUUAGAGACAUUAAAAGAACUCUCCAUUAGUCAUAACUACAUUGAAAAAAUUGAUGAUGAUUCUUGGGAAUUCUGUAGAAUUCUCUCUUUACUGGAUUUGUCAUUCAAUAAACUAAAAUCGAUAGAAUCCGAUACAUUUAGAAAUCUCGAUCAAUUACAAAGACUUUUCCUUAAUAAUAAUAACAUAACAUUUAUUAAAGAAAAUGCUUUUAUUCACUUACCACGAUUGCGAUUUCUGAAUUUAAGUAACAAUAAAAUUUACUGGACCGUUGAAGAUGCUAGUGGUGUCUUUCAAGGUCUUAAUCACCUAGCGAAGUUUCACUUAGCUGGUAAUAAUAUUAAAACAAUCAACGCUGAUGCCUUCCUUGGUUUAAAAAAUGUUACUUUCCUUAAUUUAACUAACAAUAAUAUUACCACCAUUCAAAACAACGCAUUUGCAGAGAUGCCCCUUUUGAAGGAAUUAAUCAUCAAUACCACAAACUUAUUAUGUGAUUGUAACUUGACGUGGUUCAUCGAUUGGCUUAACUUAAAGCAAAUGAAAAACCAGUCUGCUGUGUGCCUUUACCCUGAUUGGUUAAGAGGACAAUCAUUGCUUCAAGUGACAAGUAACUUAACUUGUGAUGAACUACCCAAACCAAGAUUAAUCCAAGAACCAGAAGCUGCAAUAAUGGCAUUGAAAGGGGAAAACAUACAAUUAAAUUGCAAAGCAGUAUCAAGUGCUUCCAAUACAAUGACUUUCAUUUGGCGCAAGGAUAACGUUGAAAUUUUCAAUCCGAAUGUCAAAGUAAAAUCCAGGUCUUACGGCGAUGGAAAUGCAACAGAAAUAAUUUCAAUACUGAACCUGACUGAUAUUGAAAACAAACAUGCCGGGAAAUACCAGUGUGUUGUAUCGAACAGCUAUGGCACAACCUACUCCCAGAAAACCACAAUUUCCGUUCUCGUAUACCCCGCUUUCACUAAAGUGCCCAAAAACGUAACUGUACGUGCUGGAGAAACGGUGAAAUGGGAAUGCGCUGCAACCGGUGAACCUCCUCCUGAAAUAGCUUGGCACAAAGACGGUGGAAACGAUUUCCCCGCUGCUAGAGAAAGAAGAAUGCAAGUGAUGCCAAUGGACGAUGUCUUUUUCAUAGUUAACGCCAAGCCAAUUGACGUGGGCAUGUACAGUUGUACAGCGCACAAUCCAGCAGGCAUGAUUUUUGCUAAUGCUUCUUUAAUAGUGGAAGAAAGGCCUUCUUUGGAGAAGAGAAUGAUGGAUAAAGAAGUGUCUGCAGGGGAGCACAUUGUUUUGCAGUGCAAAGCAAGAGGCAUACCGAAACCUACGAUCACUUGGCUGAAGGAUGGAGAAUUAAUCAUACCCACUGAGAGGCACUUUUUUAUUCACGAUAAUCAGAUGGUGAUUAUUGUCGACUCAGUGCAAUCCGAUUCGGGGAAUUACGAAUGUUAUUUGAAUAAUACAAUCGGCGAUGAAAUUGGGAGAAGCCGAAUUGUCGUUAAACCAAUUACUUAUGAAAAAUCCAACAUGAUGGGAAUAAUCAUAAUUUCCGUUGUAUGCUGUGCCGUAUUAACCUCCAUCAUAUGGGUUGUUAUCAUUUACCAGACGCGCCGUAAAAUCGCCACGCCGGUGAUGCAAACCGAAAUGCAGGAGAUUCCCGAUCCGAUGGACAGGUCUCGUACGCAUCAGCUUCAACACCAUCUCUAUCCUGACAACGUGUCCGAUCAGUCAUCGUGCAAAGACAGCGGAACCGGCGAUUCUGCGAAGAGGAGCAGCGAUAAUUUGGCACCGGAUGAGUUUACUGCAGUCAAUGAUUCGGACGUGGAACCCAACAAUUCGCAAAUACCGCUCCUGCUCUACCCGACUAAUCAUAAUAGGAUUGUACCUACGACUUCCAGCGCCUGCGAUGCGUCACCGAAUUGCGAAGAUGUUAAGGUUGAGUAA